AGUUACGACAAGCAAAAAUCUAACUUUAGGAAUUGACCCAUGGACUAGUCUUCUUGAAUAUUUAUUAAAAACUGCAAUAAAUCUUUGGAAAAAUCAAGAUGGUGGAAGAUUAAGUGCUGAUAUUUUACUUAUUCAACUUGGUUUAUAUCGAAAUCAUGAUUAUCUUUUUAAUGAUCCAUAUGUUAAAGGUAUUAAUACUCCUACAAAUUGA